AUGUCUGGAGGAAGAAGCCCCAUGGAGGAGGCUUACGCGCGCCUUAGGCAGGUUGCUGAGCAGCAGCAGAAGCGCGGCGGCUUCGGUGGCGGCGGAUUGCCCGGUGGCCCUCGCGGCGCCGGUAUGGGACUGGCGGGUCUUGUUCUUCUGGGAGGUGCUGCGUUCGUGGCCCAGAAUGCGCUGUUCAACGUCGAUGGCGGUCACAGAGCGAUCAAGUACCGGAGGACGACUGGUGUGAGCAAAGAGAUCUACGCCGAAGGAACUCACUUCGUCAUUCCCUGGUUUGAGACUCCCGUCACCUACGAUGUUCGCGCGAAGCCGAGAAACGUUGCCUCCCUUACGGGAACCAAGGACUUGCAGAUGGUCAAUAUCACCUGCCGUGUUCUUUCCAGACCCGAUAUCGCGGCUCUGCCUCAGAUCUACCGCACAUUGGGUACCGACUACGACGAGAGAGUGCUUCCAUCCAUCGUCAACGAGGUCCUCAAGAGCGUCGUCGCUCAGUUCAACGCUUCCCAGCUGAUCACCCAGCGAGAGAUGGUUGCUAAGCUGGUCCGCGAGAACCUUUCCCGACGUGCCGCGCGGUUCAACAUUCUUCUGGAUGAUGUGUCCCUGACGCACCUUGCAUUCUCUCCCGAGUUCACGGCCGCCGUCGAGGCGAAGCAGGUCGCUCAGCAGGAGGCUCAGCGUGCAGCCUUCGUCGUUGACAAGGCUCGACAAGAGAAGCAGGCCAUGGUUGUCAAGGCCCAGGGUGAGGCCCGCUCCGCCGAGCUGAUUGGAGAUGCUAUCAAGAAGAGCAAGGCCUACGUCGAGUUGAAGAAGAUCGAGAACGCCCGUUUCAUCGCUCAACAGAUGCAGGAGUCCGGUAGCAAGAACAGACUGCUGCUCGACUCCGAGGGCCUGGGCUUGAACGUGUUUGAGGAUCGCGAGAAGAACUGA